GGUGCCGAAGUGUGUUCGUGAACUUUCGGGUUUGUUUGCCUCACAACUGCCGCCAGCGCUAAUUGUCAAGUGGUGGCGGAUUGUGUUAAUAGUGCUGAGUGAAAAAGUUUUUUAAUUGCAAAGUGCACGUGUUUUUCCUUCUUUCCACAUCAACUCUUUCCCGCUCUGCAUGGGCGUCUCUUCCACCUGACUGGACACAUACACGGGGGCACCAUGGUUCAGGCUUUAGAUGAUUACGAUGUUGGGCAGGAUCUGCCACAGGCUAUGCAACUUCUCGGCGAGAUGAAUAAUCACGUAAAACAGGUGUCGGAUCUAGUUGAGAAUAUGCUACAAAAGGUUAAAAGUGGCGAAAUGUCAACAGAAUAUGGACUGAGCUUCCUUGAAAUUAAGUAUCACAUGCUUCUCACAUACUUGAUCAAUCUCACAUAUGUCGUCCUACGAAAAUGUUCAGGACAAACUAUUGAGAAUGAUCCCUCAAUUGACCGUCUCAUCGAGAUUCGAACAGUUCUUGAGAAAAUUCGGCCGAUUGAUCACAAGUUGCGAUAUCAAAUUGACAAGCUAGUGAAAACAGCUCAGGUUACACCGAGUUCUGGUGGAACAUUAAGGGCUAAUUUGGGCCAUGCGGUGACUCCAUUGCCCGAAGAGAGUGCUCAGACACAUGAGUCGGAAGAGAGUGAGGAUGAUGAGGCUGAGGAGGAGAAGAAUCGAAAGCGCCCAACGAAGGCUGGGUCCAGUGGGGUCUAUGUUCCGCCUAAACUCAUUCCCAUGUACUAUGAUGAGGAUGAGGGUAAGGUGGAUCGUAACAGAAAGCAAAUAGAACGUGCCAAGAAACGAUCACUUGGGAUGUCUAUAAUUGAGGAUCUCAAGGAGGAGUAUUUGGAUACUCCGGUGGAGAUAUCGGGUACAUCGAGAGCCCAGCAGAUGUUCUCAAGAGCACAAAAGGAGAAGGAGGAAUUUGAAGAAACAUAUCUGACACGUUUGCCAAUAACGAAAGCUGAGAAGCAUCACCAGAGGAAACUGACAACCCUUGGUACUUUGGGUGAUGAGUUGACUAGAUUUGGUGACAUGAGUGCUCUGGAAGGAGGCUCGUCCAGGAAUAAGGCUGGAAAGCGCAAACGAAAAGGGGCACCCAAGAAGAGAGGAGGCAAAAAGAGGAAGUUUAAGUAAAAGAGAAGUUCCCAAAAUCCAAAUCGUAUUUUAUUUUGUUUGUCUAAUGCUUCCAUAUUUUUUUUUUAUUAAAUAACGUUAAGGAUUUUUGUUCGUUUACGUUAAUCGUCUUUCAAUUUUCUUUUUGAUAUUUAAGUUUUUUACGAAUAUGUUUGUUAGGAUUAUUUUACGAUUUAGGUUUUAUUUGAAAUUUUGAUUAAAACUUCUUGUUGUCCUAAUUUGUUAUUUCUUUUUGAGUCGAUUGCUUUUUUUUUACUACGUAGUUUUAAAGUAUAGAAUGUGGUUUAAAACGCCUUCACAACAUACUUAAGUGAGGAAGAAGACAAUGAGAAAGUUAUUAAGAAUAGUGUAUAAAGAGAAGCAGAAAACGCGUGAGCCUUUAAAAUAUGUGUUGGUUGUCCUCUGAUUAAAAAGAAACGUUCCAAAGAAUAAGAUUGAAAAACUUGGCGAUAGCAGAUACAAAAAACAAAUUAACGAUAUUAAAAACAGUCAAAAGAAUGGAUAAUUAAGUAACAGACUCACAGUUGCCUUCAAACAAUAAAAAAAACAUUAUUAAAAAGAAAAAAAAUAAAACAAUAAAAAAGAAUAAAGAUGCAAAACAU